AUGAAUAAGCUUGAAGAAGUAGUUGUAGUAGUUCCAGAGAAGAGUAAGCGACAAGAUGAAGAUCACAGUGAAAAUAAGAGUAAAAGGGCCAAACUAGACCAUGUUAGUGUGGCAAAAGCUUUGAAAAGCCAUAAAAAAAUGGUAGUCAAUAAACAAGAGCUAGUAGUUCUAAAAGAAAGUGUGUUUGGAGGACCAAGUAUUAUAGAUAGAAAGAUGCAAGUUAACAUGCACCAAGAUACAGUGGUUGUAAAAUCGAUGCAUAUAUCAGAAGUACUGGCUGAAUUAGAAGUUAGUAAAGAAAAUGGUAGAUCAAUGAAUAGUCGGACAGCAGAGCAUUACUCUCAAGUUGCUGAGGCAGCAAUAAGUAAAGGUAGAAAAUGGAAGAGACAGCAACCAGCAGAAAGGGUGUUUAUGAGCAGUGCUGUGAGCAACAAAGAAAACAGUAAUCCCAAGGUUGAAGGACCGACAUCAAAGCCAAAAGAAAAACAAGUUCAAGACCUAAACGAAGAGAUUAAACUCGAGUUCCAAUUUAAAAGUAUCUUUGAUGAAAUACUUGUUGCUAUGGGCAUGUUCAAACAAACUGAGGGGCUACAAGACAAUUUGAAUGCCCGGCAAGGUAGUACCUUUAGUAGUAGUAUGGGCAAUAGAUGUGUAGUAACAGAAAA